UGGAACACUGUUAUUUUAGCGGUUACGUUAAAUACCGACCAUCCCUACACUGGGCGCACUUUACCUGCUCUAAUUAUUUACCGGGGACGAUUCCAAAGUAGCUGGAUUAGUCACAGUGGCAGCUGCCAGAAAAUGACCGACCCUUCGAAGCGGCCGCUUGCGUUUCCCAAAUGGCACAUUCCGUACUUGGAGAAGCACCGCAUUCCGGAACUGUUCCAUGAACUGGCGCGCGAACUGCUGAUCCAAAAGCCCGAAGAUCACAUACUCUUCAUGAAGCAAAUGCUUCAGCAAGCGGCAGCCAAUCGGGACGCCUGCAGGACGAUCCUCAUCGGUUCGCUGAAGGAUUUGAAGCGGAUUUUCCCGCUGGCGGCCAUGCAGCCCGAGAUGGUGGCUAAAGCGAUUGCUUGUUUGGGGCGCAGCCAACACUCUGGCUGGAUUUUGGCCGAUUGCAUCAAUACUGAGCAGGAAGCGAAAGCGCUGCUGCAGCUGGGCGUGUUGCCUACACAUGUGGUGCAUUUGGUUGCACCUUUUCAGCCCAAACUGGACGAGCCGCUCUACUGCGACGUGCCUGAGCAUUGGCCGGCGCUCAGACGGAACCUGUUUGGACUCAGAGGGCUCUUCGCUCAGAAGCUGCGCGAGGUCUGCCUGGCCGAUAGGAGCAUUGCUGCUGCCGCCAAGGACUGCUUGGACAUUUGCCGCCGGAAGCCAGCAGUGAAAGCCGUGCGGCCCCGGGUGGUCAUUCUGGGCCCUAGAGGAUGUGGCCGGAAGACUCAGGCGCGGCUUCUCGCUCAGAUGAUGGGGCUGAUUCACGUGGACUUUGAGUACAUCUUGUGCCAGGCCUGGACCAACGACAACCAGCUGGGGCGGCAGCUCAGACAGUGCAAUAAGAGAGUUUGUUUUCACUCGGAGCUUCUUUGCCAGAUCGUCAACAAGAGGGUGCUGGAAAGGGACUGCAUGGAGAGCGGCUGGGUGUUAACCGGGUAUCCCUUUACAGUGACCGACUUCCAGUUCUUGGAUUGCCUACAAACGCCCCCUAAUCGGGUGAUUGUUCUGGAUUGCGACUUGAAUACUGCCAAAGAAAGAUUGCGUUAUCGACAGGUGAAUGUACAUACUGGCUCAGUAACAGACUUCAACCCAGCAAAGGUGGGCGAAAGCCGCGCUGCGCCCAGCAAGGGAGCCUGGAAACCGCACCCCAAGGACUUUCUGGGUCUCAUCCAAGCAGAGCACGACUUCUACUGCCAGAACUACGGCAGCAUAAAAAAGUACUGUGGGGACACGAUGUUGGUGGUGAAUGGGGAGCAAAGCGAGCGCUGGGUCUUCGAGUGCAUUGUGGGGCACUUGGUGGGCAGUAGCCCCCCUGGGGCUGCCCGAAAGGGCUUUGGUCUCGAUAUCCCCGAAGUGUGUAGCUGUGAGUGCAUUAACGUACCCUCUAAAGUCGCGAAGGCCUAUGCAAUGACGUUAUAAAACUAAUAAAAAAGAACAAAUGACUAGUU